AUGGCGAUGAUGAUGACUGGCCGUGUGCUGCUGGUGUGUGCCCUCUGCGUGCUGUGGUCCGUUGCGGCCGAUGGAGAUGUUGUUGUUUCUGGUGGGGAAGACAACAGUCUGAAAGAAUUAUUUAUUCCAGUUGCGAGAUUGCAGGAAAGACAAGAACAAAGAGCAGUAGAAGCAACAGCUGACGCAAAGGCAGCAGCAGAAGCAGCAGAAGCAUCAGCAGAAGCAGCUGAAAGAGCAAAAAUAGCAACAGCAGAAGCAAAGGCGGCUGCAGAGGCAGCAGCAGCAGCAGCAGCAGAAGCAGCAAAGGCAGCAGCCACAGCAGCAAAGGCAGUAGACACCGAGGCAAAAGCAAAAGCAGCAGCAGCAGCAGCUGAAUCAGCAGCAACAAAAGCAACAACAGCAUCAGAAGCAGCAACAAAAGCAAAAGCAGCAGCAUCAGCAGCAAAGGCAGCGACAGAGGCAGCAGCAGCAAAGGCAGAAGCAGCAGCAGCAGCAAAAGCAGAAGAAGCAGAAGCAGCAGCAGAAGCAGCAAAGGCAGCGGCAAAGGCGGCAGCCACAGCAGCAGAAACAGCAGCCACAGCAGCUGAAGCGGCAACAGAAGCAAAAACAUCAGCAGAAACGGCAAAAGCAGCAACAGCAAAAGCAAAAACAGAAGCAGAAAAAGCAGCAGCAUUAAAAGAUGACGCAGAAAAAGCAGCAGCAGCAAAGGCGGCUGCAGAGGCAGCAGCAGCAGAAGCAACAGCAGCAGCAGAAAAGGCAGCAACAGCAGCAUCAAAAGCAACAGCAGCAGCAGAAAAGGCAGCAACAGCAACAUCAAAAGCAAAAGCAUCAGCAGAAACAGCCAAAGCAAAAGCAGCAGCAGCAGCAGAAAAAGCAGCAGCAGAAAAGGCAAAAGCAGCAGCAGAAAAAGAAGCAGAAGAAGCAGCAGAAAAAGAAGCAGAAACAGCAAAAGAAGGAGCAAAAGCAGCAUCAACGGAAGCGGACGCAAAAGCAACAGCAGAAGAAGCACUGCGAGGUACGACAGUCCGAGCAGAGGAGGUAAAAACAGCAACACAUGAUCAGGAUAAUUCAGUCGAACACCAUUCUGGAGAAAAACAAGAGCUUCUAAAAGAACAAGAACCGGAACGACAAGAAAAAGAACAGCAUGAAAAGCAGCAACACCAACAGCGUGAACAUUCCGCAGGAAAUGGCGACGAAGCCGCGAAAGAAAAAACUGCUAAUGGUACAAAUGCAACUGCAAUUACGGACGACAGUGACGGCAGCAACGCGGUCUCUCACUCCACCUCCCCUCUUUUGCUUCUUCUUGUUGUUGCGUGUGCGGCUGCUGCUGCGGUGGUGGCCGCGUGA